AUGUUCACUCAUUUUCGGUGCCCUCAUCGUCACCGCAGCACUCUCUCCCAGACAGGCCGCAGAGGACAACCGAGACAAACGGAACCGGCACAACAACAAUACGCUCAAGCCAACUGUGUAUGUGUGCGUGUACGUGUGCAUUUGUGCGUGAUCAUGUCUGCUCUUCGGCAUGGUCUCUCCGAGGCAAUUCUGCCAGACGAACACUGUUUCUCGUCAUUCCAAACACGAAACCAAUUCUACCCGCCCUUUAGGGCCAGCAAUACGAGAUUGUGCGUGGAGAGGGUGAAGUGA